CCGCAGGAUGUGAUCACAGUGUGGACAGUGCCCGGGAGCUCCACUCCUGCUGCUGCCCGGCGUCCACACUCUCAGCUCGGACAUCUCCUCCGACCCAGCCGGGGAAGGCAACAACCGCCUGCAGAUGCGUGUGCACCAUGCUGAGCUCCGGGCUCCCCCCGCCGCCCCGGACCACGGCGCUACUCCUGCUGCUGCUGGGAGCGGCCACACUGUGCACAGGUCUCAAGUGCGUAUGUCUGAUCUGUGAGAGCACCAACUACACCUGCCAAACAGAAGGAGCGUGCUGGACAUCGGUGAUGUUUGCCGAUGGCAAAGAACAAGUCACCAAGUCGUGUAUUUCUCUUCUGGAGCUGAAGGCUCAGGUUUACUGUCACAGCUCCAACAACAUCACCAGGACAGAGUGCUGCCACUCCGACUUCUGCAACAAUGUAACACUCCGCUUACCUGCAGUCUCUACCAGCCCAUCCCAGUUUGGCCAUGUGGAACUGUGGUUGUUGGUCACCAUUCCAAUAUGUGUCCUGGCAAUAGCCAUAAUGCUAACAGUGUACACCUGUCAGAGGCGCUACUGUGCCUACAAGAGGACCCGGCGGCAGUGCAUUGAAGAACCCUUAACGGACUGUAACUUAGACUCAGAUGGGAAAUGCUUGAAGGAUCUUAUAUAUGAUAUGUCAACAUCAGGAUCUGGAUCUGGAUCUGGUUUACCUUUGCUUGUCCAGAGAACCAUAGCAAGAACAGUUAUAAUACAGGAAGUGGUUGGCAAAGGACGAUUUGGAGAGGUUUGGAGGGGAAAAUGGUGCGGAGAAGAUGUUGCUGUUAAGAUUUUCUCCUCUCGAGAUGAAAGAUCCUGGUUCCGUGAAGCGGAAAUUUAUCAGACUGUGAUGCUAAGACAUGAAAAUAUCCUUGGAUUUAUAGCUGCUGACAACAAAGAUAUUGGCACUUGGACCCAGCUCUGGCUUGUGUCUGAAUACCAUGAACAGGGCUCACUCUAUGAUUACCUGAUUCGCAACACAGUAACUAUCGGGGGAAUGAUGAAAUUAGCGUUAUCCAUUGUCAGUGGUCUGGCUCAUCUUCAUAUGGAAAUAGUAGGAACUCGAGGUAAACCCGCUAUUGCACACAGGGAUCUCAAAUCCAAAAAUAUUCUGGUGAAGAAGAAUGAGACAUGCGCCAUCGCUGAUUUAGGACUGGCAGUGAAACACGAUUCCAUUACAAACACCAUAGACAUCCCGCAAAAUCCAAGAGUGGGGACCAAAAGGUACAUGGCUCCGGAAUUACUUGAUGAUUCGAUAAACAUGUACCACUUUGAGUCAUUCAAAUGCGCAGACAUCUACUCCCUGGGCUUAGUAUAUUGGGAAAUAGCCCGGAGAUGUUCUGUGGGAGGCAUUGUGGAUGAAUACCAGUUGCCUUACUACGAUAUGGUGCCUUCUGAUCCUUCUUUGGAUGAUAUGAGAAAAGUUGUUUGUGACCAAAAAUUACGACCCAGCAUACCGAACCAGUGGCAAAGCUUUGAGGCUCUCAGAGUGAUGGGCAGGAUCAUGAGAGAAUGUUGGUAUGCCAAUGGCAAGGCUCGGUUGACCGCGCUGAGAAUAAAGAAGACCCUCUCCCAGUUGUGCGUGGAGGAAGAUUUCAAGCUGUAAUUCGGUUGCUUUGAAACCGCGACAAUCACAAGACAUGGGGGAUGGGGGGUUGUUUGUAGUUGUGUUUGCUCUACCUCAAAAGUAACAAGUGCCAGACUGGAGAUGUGAAGAUAAAUGGACUCUUGGUUUGUGGUGAUUUGUAGAUGACAGAGCUGAUGUAUUGGUCCUUUGGAUGGGGUCCACUGUAUAAAAAUAACCAAUGGAAGCAGGGCCGCUGUUGGCACAUGGGUUUGGGAAUCUGUGGCAAUCAUGCUUUACCCUUGUCCAGCCCAGGCUGGGGUAACCAGUGGGCCCACUGUGGUUUUGGUGCUCAUGGCGCAUACAUCUAGUAUUGGCCCAGAUUGAAAGGCCACACAGCCGUAAGCACCUGCUUGCUAAGAUAUCAUAUAUGUAUAUAUACAAAGACAAAAUACGUUAUUUGAAAGACAGUAUAAGCUUAUAAACAUUUAAAAUAUUUCAUUUUUUUAAAAACAGAUUUUAAAUGUCCAGGUCAAAGAAAUCUGCCGGUGUAUAGAUGGAGAGAUACAGAGUUAUUUAACAUAGGAUGUUGAUUUAACAUUUGUUUUUGACUGUUUUGUCUAAGGGAACAGGUUUUGCUCAUGCUACUUAUUGUGUUAAGCUUUAUUACUGUAUGUUAUAUUCCAAAUGGAAGUAUAAAAAAGUAAGAUAUAUAUUUAUAUGCAGUAGAUAUAUAUUUUGUGUAUUCAAAAUGGUUGUUGGUACAUUCCAUGAAAGCUCUUGUUACAAACAGCAGUUAGGAAGGUCAUGUAACGUUCAACGUCACAUGUAACAUUUUUGGGGAACAAAAUG